AUGAUCCUCGUUUGCGGCCAGCCAGAUGGAAUGUUCAGUUUGACGAUGGCCAGCAGAUCGGAUCAGAGAGGGAAGGAUUCAUCUACUAUCAUGCGGACUCCCGAUGGAUGACGAUACGAGAUCGAGAUCACGACAUUCUCGCUGGCCGCUAUUUGGAUGGGGAUGAGCAGAUCCACGCAGGUGCAUGUUUUACUAUUGAUUAUUUUCAUUUUACCGUUCGUGAUUGUGUGCAGGAGAGUUUGCUCGAGGAGGAACCGAUUGAAUGUGUUGAUCUUACGUCGGAUUCAGAGAGUAAAGUGCCUAAGCCGGUCAUCGGAGGUGAGAUCGCGCUGUCUAUGAGGGCUAGGGCGACUGGGGCUACUGGGGCGACUGGAGCGGCGCCCGCGCCGCUGGCGCCGAUCGUUGCGGCCCAGCCAUUGGCGCCGGGUGCGAGGCAGGUCGGAGGGCGGUUCUGGGUCCUAGCCGGAUCUGCUGAAGGGGAGGAGGACGAGGGAGACGACGCCGGCGACUCAACCGACGAAUAUUCGCCUACGGCUUCCGACGUGAUUUGUGAAGCUUUCAGGCCGGGGUAUUCAGAGGAGGAGGUCGCCUCUAUCGUUCCUGGGAUCGUGACGAUUGACGAUCCGGCACGGCAGGGUCUUCUUCCGGAAGAGAACAUCGAGGUGGUUCGCCGGAUUGUUCAUCGGAGGACGGCGAACUCUGCGAUCCGGCCGUGGAAAGGUCCCAUGCCAAAGGUUAUUUUCCGAGCUACGGCACUGAUCCGUUCGUGGUCGCCACUCACUACGAUGGAGGCCAGGGAGCAUUUGGUUACUGCGUGUAUCCGAUGGGAGACGGUAACUCGGGAUAUCUUCAACCGGUUUGGAUGGCGGUCAUGUAAUAGGAUAGGAAAUUAGUUUACCUGUCUUAUUCUAGCCAGCCGGUUGUGGCGCAUUGUUCUUGGCUAGUAUGUGUUUCUAGCCUUUUGCGCUCUGUGUGAGCUGCCUUU